AUGAAGGAAGAUGCACCACCAGGUGUCUCGGCAUCGCCGCUGCCGGACAACGUCAUGGUAUGGAAUGCCAUGAUUAUUGGGCCAGCAGACACUCCAUACGAAGACGGGACCUUUAGGCUACUACUAGAAUUCGACGAAGACUACCCGAAUAAACCUCCGCACGUGAAAUUUCUCUCAGAGAUGUUCCAUCCCAACGUCUAUGCCAAUGGUGAAAUUUGUCUAGAUAUUCUGCAAAACAGGUGGACGCCCACGUACGAUGUCGCGUCGAUCUUGACCUCGAUUCAAAGUCUGUUUAAUGACCCAAACCCUGCAUCCCCGGCGAACGUAGAGGCCGCAACACUGUUUAAAGAUUACAAGUCGCAGUACGUCAAGAGGGUAAAGGAAACUGUGGAGAAGUCAUGGGAAGAUAAUAUGGACGAUAUGGACGAUGACGAAGAUGAAUCUGAAGACGAGUGA